AUGAUACAGGAAGUUGCCAGGCAUGGUGUGCCUUAUGCACCACCAAAAUAUGAUGAUCUCCGGGAUAAGCUUUUGGUGAAAGAGAAACGAUUCAUUGACAUUGAGAUGGCAUCCUUGAGGAAGCAGUGGGAGCAGAGGGGUGCAACCAUAUGCGCAGACGGGUGGGCAGAUAGGACGAAUCGGCAUAUCAUGGGGCUUGUGGCAUAUAGUCAAGGACGAGGAGCUUUUUUGAAGGCUAUCGACAUUUCCUUAACAGGAAAAACAGCUGAAAAUACCCUGCGCUGCUGGGAAGAAGGCAUUAACAUUGUAGGUGCAGAGAACGUUGUCAUGGUUGUGACCGAUGGGGAAAAUGCAAACAGAGCAGCAGCAGCACUUUUGCAACAGAGGUACCCGAAAAUUCAAUGGGCAGCAUGUUUUGCCCAUUGCUUGAACAAUGCCUUGAAAGACUUCGGUGUACUUCCAUGGAUGGCAACACUUCUGGAGCAUGGAAAGUCUUUGGUGAUCUUCGUUAGAAACCACUCUCAUAUAGUGGCACUGCUGGCGGAGUUUACUCACAAGCGAUUGCUGCGUUAUUGUGAUACCAGGUUCGGCUACAACUUCAUUAUGAUGGAGAGGCUGGUGGAGCUCCGAGAAGCUUUACAACAGAUGUUCAUAUGCCCUGCGUACAGAGCAAGGCCUGAGUCGAAGUCGAGAGCAGGAAGGGAUAGUUAUGCAACGGUUUUUGAUGACAGUUUCUGGCAACAGGUUAAGGACAUGCUAGAGGUGUCCAAGGAUGUUAUGCUGCUUCUUCGUGUUGUGGACGGUGAUAUACCUGCGAUUGGAAAGAUAUAUGAGUGCAUGAACAGGUUGGAUGCAAGUUUAGAGGAAGGACAGUCGGAUUAUGGCAGGUACAGGGAACUUCAUCAGAUCAUGUCUAAUAGGUGGCAUGAGUAUCACUUGCUCAUGCACUCGGUGGCGUACAUGUUGGACCCUGAGUUUCAGGAGUAUGAAAAGCAUGCUAACAGAGAGGUCAUGAAGGACUGGAAUGCUUAUCUGCUGGCCAUGUUUACAUCCAAUGAGAGGGAUGUGAUACGUGAUGAGCUUUUAACUUACCGGAGGAUAGGAGGCAUUUUCAACUCAUAUGAUGCUAAGGCUGAUCGCACUAAGAGGGGAGUUGUACGUUGGUGGGAGGACUAUGGUUAUGAAACUCCAGCUCUUCAGAAGUUGGCCAUUCGAGUUCUAAGUCAGGCAUGCUCGUCGUCCUCGGUGGAGAGAUUGUUCAGUACUUUCGAGCAUGUUUCUUCAAAAAAGAGGAACAGACUUACCAUGGACAGGACAGCGGAUCUGGUUUUUGUGGCUUGCAACACCAGGUUGUUAACCUGCAAAAAUGAUCGUGAUUACGACAAGUUUGUAAGCUACAAAGUCCUGGAGACAGUUCCUCAUCCUGAAGACGAGCUUGAGUCAGGACAGGAAGAGGAAGAUGGAGAUGAUGUCGAAGAUCGUGAGGUCGAAGAUCAUGAGGUUGAAGAUGACGAUGAGAUGCAGGAUAUUUGA